AGAUCCCCGCCCGACGGCAGGCGGACGGGCAGCUGCAGCCGCCGGACACCUCUCCAGUCGCCCCAGCGCUCCUGAACCCGCGCGCCGGCCACGUGUCUCCCGCCCGCCUUGGCCCUCCCAGAGCUGCCCAGAAUGCUGAAGUUCCGAACCAUCCGCGGGGGCCUGAGGCUCCUGGGUAUCCGCAAGACCUCGUCUGCCCCCGCGGCCUCGCCCAAUGUCCGGCGCCUGGAGUACAAGCCCAUAAAGAAGGUCAUGGUCGCCAACCGGGGGGAGAUCGCCAUCCGCGUGUUCCGGGCCUGCACGGAGCUGGGCAUUCGGACAGUGGCCGUGUACUCAGAGCAGGACACGGGCCAGAUGCACCGGCAGAAAGCAGAUGAAGCCUACCUCAUUGGCCGUGGCCUGGCCCCUGUGCAGGCCUACCUGCACAUUCCGGAUAUCAUCAAGGUGGCCAAGGAAAACAAUGUGGAUGCCGUGCACCCUGGGUAUGGGUUCCUGUCAGAGCGUGCAGACUUUGCCCAGGCGUGCCAGGAUGCUGGGGUGCGGUUCAUUGGGCCCAGCCCAGAGGUGGUCCGUAAGAUGGGCGACAAGGUGGAGGCCCGGGCUAUUGCCAUUGCUGCAGGUGUCCCUGUGGUCCCCGGUACCGACGCCCCCAUCACAUCACUGCACGAGGCCCAUGAGUUCUCCAACACCUACGGCUUCCCCAUCAUCUUCAAGGCGGCCUACGGGGGCGGUGGCCGAGGCAUGAGGGUCGUGCAUAGCUAUGAGGAGCUGGAGGAGAACUACACCCGCGCGUACUCAGAGGCGCUGGCGGCCUUCGGGAACGGGGCGCUGUUCGUGGAGAAGUUCAUCGAGAAGCCGCGCCACAUCGAGGUGCAGAUCCUGGGGGACCAGUACGGGAACAUCCUGCACCUGUACGAGCGCGACUGCUCCAUCCAGCGGCGCCACCAGAAGGUGGUGGAGAUCGCGCCCGCCGCCCACCUGGACCCUCAGGUGCGCUCCCGCCUCACCAGUGACUCCGUCAAGCUGGCCAAGCAGGUGGGCUAUGAGAACGCCGGGACCGUGGAGUUCCUGCUGGACAAGCACGGGCGCCACUACUUCAUCGAGGUCAACUCCCGGCUGCAGGUGGAGCACACGGUCACCGAGGAGAUCACCGAUGUGGACCUGGUCCACGCCCAGAUCCACGUGGCCGAGGGCCGCAGCCUGCCCGACCUGGGCCUGCGGCAGGAGAAUAUCCGCAUUAACGGCUGCGCCAUCCAGUGCCGAGUCACCACCGAGGACCCCGCGCGCAGCUUCCAGCCAGACACUGGCCGCAUUGAGGUGUUCCGGAGCGGGGAGGGGAUGGGCAUCCGCCUGGACAACGCCUCGGCCUUCCAAGGCGCCGUCAUCUCGCCCCACUACGACUCGCUGCUGGUCAAGGUCAUCGCGCAUGGCAAGGACCACCCCACGGCGGCCACUAAGAUGAGCAGAGCCCUCGCCGAGUUCCGGGUUCGAGGCGUGAAGACCAACAUCCCCUUCCUGCAAAACGUGCUGAACAACCAGCAGUUCCUGUCGGGCACCGUGGACACACAGUUCAUCGAUGAGAAUCCUGAGCUUUUCCAGCUGCGGCCGGCACAGAACCGCGCCCAGAAACUGCUGCACUACCUUGGACACGUCAUGGUGAAUGGCCCGACCACCCCGAUCCCCGUCAAGGCCAGUCCCAGCCCCACGGACCCCAUCGUCCCUGUGGUGCCCAUAGGCCCGCCCCCCACCGGCUUCAGAGACAUCCUGCUGCGGGAGGGGCCCGAGGGCUUUGCCCGCGCGGUUCGAGGACACAAGGGGCUGCUGCUCAUGGACACCACCUUCCGGGACGCCCACCAGUCCCUGCUGGCCACACGCGUGCGGACCCACGACCUCAAAAAGAUCGCCCCCUACGCGGCCCACAACUUCAACAAGCUCUUCAGCAUGGAGAACUGGGGAGGAGCCACGUUCGAUGUCGCCAUGCGCUUCCUGUAUGAGUGCCCCUGGCGGCGGCUGCAGGAGCUCCGGGAGCUCAUCCCCAACAUCCCCUUCCAGAUGCUGCUGCGGGGGGCCAACGCCGUGGGCUACACCAACUACCCCGACAACGUGGUCUUCAAGUUCUGUGAGGUGGCCAAGGAGAACGGCAUGGACGUCUUCCGGGUCUUCGACUCCCUGAACUACUUGCCCAACCUGCUGCUGGGCAUGGAGGCGGCGGGCAGCGCGGGCGCCGUGGUGGAGGCAGCCAUCUCCUACACGGGGGACGUGGCUGACCCCAGCCGCACCAAGUACUCCCUGCAGUACUACAUGGACCUGGCAGAGGAGCUGGUGCGGGCCGGCACCCACAUCCUGUGCAUCAAGGACAUGGCAGGACUGCUGAAGCCCUCGGCCUGCACCAUGCUGGUCAGUUCGCUCCGGGAUCGCUUCCCUGACCUCCCGCUGCACAUCCACACGCACGACACGUCAGGGGCGGGCGUGGCAGCCAUGCUGGCCUGUGCCCAGGCGGGUGCCGAUGUCGUGGAUGUGGCCGCCGACUCCAUGUCUGGCAUGACGUCACAGCCCAGCAUGGGGGCCCUGGUGGCCUGCACCCGAGGGACGCCGCUGGACACAGGGGUGCCGCUGGAGCGCGUGUUCGAUUACAGCGAGUACUGGGAAGGGGCCCGGGGCCUGUACGCGGCCUUCGACUGCACGGCCACUAUGAAGUCGGGCAACUCCGACGUGUACGAGAACGAGAUCCCCGGCGGCCAGUACACGAACCUGCACUUCCAGGCGCACAGCAUGGGGCUGGGCUCCAAGUUCAAGGAGGUGAAGAAGGCCUACGUGGAGGCCAACCAGAUGCUGGGCGACCUCAUCAAGGUGACGCCGUCCUCCAAGAUCGUGGGGGACCUGGCCCAGUUCAUGGUCCAGAAUGGGCUGAGCCGGGCGGACGCCGAGGCGCAGGCGGAGGAGCUGUCCUUCCCGCGCUCGGUGGUGGAGUUCCUGCAGGGCUACAUCGGCAUCCCCCACGGCGGCUUCCCCGAGCCCUUCCGCUCCAAGGUGAUAAAGGACCUGCCGAGGGUGGAGGGGCGGCCAGGGGCCUCCCUGCCUCCACUGGACCUGCAGGCCCUGGAGAAGGAGCUGGUAGAGCGGCACGGGGAUGAGGUGACCCCGGAGGACGUGCUCUCGGCUGCCAUGUACCCGGACGUCUUUUCCCACUUCAAAGACUUCACUGCCACCUUCGGACCCCUCGACAGCCUCAACACCCGCCUCUUCCUGCAGGGCCCCAAAAUCGCAGAGGAGUUUGAGGUGGAGCUGGAGCGGGGCAAGACGCUGCACAUCAAAGCGCUGGCCGUGAGUGACCUGAACCGCGCCGGCCAGAGGCAGGUCUUCUUUGAACUCAAUGGCCAGCUGCGGUCCAUCCUGGUGAAGGACACGCAAGCCAUGAAGGAGAUGCACUUCCACCCCAAGGCCCUGAAGGACGUGAAGGGCCAGAUCGGGGCGCCCAUGCCUGGAAAGGUGAUUGACAUCAAGGUGGAGGCCGGGGCUAAGGUGGCCAAGGGCCAACCCCUGUGUGUGCUCAGUGCCAUGAAGAUGGAGACUGUGGUGACCUCGCCCAUGGAGGGCACUGUCCGCAAGGUCCACGUGACCAAGGACAUGACACUGGAGGGCGAUGAUCUCAUCCUGGAGAUCGAGUGACCUCGCCCAGCCUGGCCAUCCCCAGCCUGAGCCUCACUGGACGCUGCACUGAGGCCAGCACAGGCCCCGGUGCCCGGGCAGGACGCGCCUGUCCUCAGCUGCUUGUGGCAGGCGACGCAGCCUGCAGUGACUGCCCCCUCCUGCCGCCCGUCCCCUCCCUGCUGCCGGACAGUCACUCACAUUCAUCUCUUGCCAAACAAGGGUCUCCUUGCCAGAGACUGCAGGUGGUGGCACAGGUGGGCCCAGGAUGCGGGGGAGCAGGUUUGGGGGGUUCUA